GUAUUGAUGCAGGCAAUCAGCCUUGCUGACAAGUCCGGUACGAAUGACAUCUCGACACUUCUGCCCAAAGAUGGUCCCAGUUCCAGUGAUUUAGCCUCUUUGGACAACAUUCUUGGCAGAUACUUGUCGCCUGAAAUUCCACCGACUGCCCCGUUGCGCCAGACCUCUAUCUCUGCAGUGAAAAGUGCAGUAACAACCUUCCAAACUUGGGCCAUGAGAACUCCAGGUUUGGUGGGGGUGUUGUUUGGCCAGCAAGGGAAAUCCAAAGCCUGGAAAGGUUUGCGCAUUCUUGUGGCACCUUCCUUUCAAGCCAUUCUUGAGGAUCACAGAACUGCAGAGAUGUGUGAGCAGGACCAAGUACGGCCUGUUGGGGUGAUACAAGUUGGAAGCGCAGCAGCCAACGAAGCCUCAAGAGAAAUUGUCCGCACACAAUGCCAAGCAUUCAUUGAUGAGAAACUCAAAGUUUCCCUGUGCAUCUAUGUGCAUCCGCACGAUCCUGGAAGUUUUGCCUUCAAGGAAUUUGGCGGGGAGGAGUUUGUUUGCGUUGAACCUGUCUGGGGGCACGCCACCAUGAAGGGCAUUGCCAAUGUGUGUAUGGUGGAACAUUUGUUCCAGUCAAACAGGGAGGCCCUUUACCGACAAGUGUGCAAAGUUGUCCUUAAAGAAGCUUGCAAGAUCUACGAUACAAGCCCGUCAGGGAAUACGCAGAAGUUUCCGUUCGAAAAGGUAGGCAUACCUGGGGAUGGACGCUGUGGAUGGCGUGCAAUCUUGGCUGCUCAGAACUUGAAGGGUUUCCUGGCAAUCCCAAGGACUGCCACACAUGAUGUGAGGGUUUAA